GUAUUUCUGGUGGGUGGGACAAAAGCAGAUGAUUGAAGUCAUGAUUGGGCGAAGCAGAUACUCAUCCUAGGAAAUUGGACGGCUACAGUGAUUAAAGUCGCAGGAUCUUUAACAUCCGCUGCUCGUUGCAUUCGCCGGACAUAGAAGAAUAGGAAAAUCAACAGCCAGCCUUAUAUCCCUGCAACUCCCAGCAUAACGGGCGGCCAGGAUUUAAAGACCCAGGUAAACGGAUCCGAUUCCUGACUUUUAUGUCUGGCAACAACUAUGGAUAGCAAUUUAGUUGUAUUUUUGAAGGAAAUUCCAAUGGGUUAUUUUUAAAAAUUAUUGAAAUCAUCUGCCGCCGGUGAGGAGUUCGAAUCCCAUUUUGUUUGGCCGGACAGAACUUCGUGUUGACGGGUCUUUUACAGUCAUCAUAUGAGCAUUUGUUAUUUUCGUGAUCAUAAAUGUGAUGUUUUUCUUUUUGAGGCGAGGAUAAGGGUUAGGAGCUGAGGAAUUGUUGACGCCUUUCUAUUUGGAGGAGAAAGCGGCAGAUUUUUAUUCGAGAAUAUUUAAAUUGAAUUCGUAGAAGGGGCUAAGGAACACUAAUUGAGUAUAUGGAGGGCGAAUUAGGUCUUGUAGUUGCCGUCUGAUAGAUCGACAGGAGCUUUUUUGGUGUUAUUUGAGCUCAGCUACGAAAUUCAUCGAAAUUCAUUGGUUCUGUGUAAAGCGGUUUGAUAGAGGUUUAAUUGAAGUUAUGUGAGGAAGAUGUCCGAUACGGACCAUCUAGACGCUGAAUCACAGGGAAUUCACAAUCAUCAUGGCUAUUAUACUCACAGGCAACCCCAUAUGCAUGGUGCUCCUCAGGGACAUGUAGGUGCCCACCAUGUGCAUAUGCAUGAUAUGCACAUUCAGGGCCAAAUUGAAGGGCCUGUACAUGGACACCCUGAGGCCCAGGUUCCAGGAGCAGAUCCAGGGCACCUUCAUAUGCAUUAUAUGCACGAGCAUGCACACUCGCUUCACCAUAGUGAUGACAAUGGUAUGGGAGAAGAGCAAGAUGAAGGCGGUGGUGACAAUGAUGGCAUGGAAGCUGAUAUUCCCUCGGCUGGAGGUAAUCUCGGAGAUUCUCAGGUGAUUGUACCUGUCCGGCCGCAGGCCACUAAUCAACUCACUCUUUCGUACCAAGGAGAAGUAUAUGUAUUUGAUAGCGUUCCGCCAGAGAAGGUUCAAUCAGUGCUUUUGCUCUUGGGAGGCCGUGAAAUACCUCCUGGCAUAUCAAGCAUGCCUAUUCACACUCAUCAGCAUCAAAAGGUUUUGGCAGAUAUUCCACAGCGUUUGAACCAGCCACAAAGAAUUGCAUCACUCACUAGAUUUAGAGAAAAGCGUAAGGAGCGUUGUUUUGAUAAAAAGAUUCGUUACACUGUACGAAAAGAAGUUGCUCUUAGGAUGCAACGCAACAAAGGUCAAUUUACAUCAACAAGGUCUACUUCCGAUGACAUGGGAUCAUCUGUGGUAAAGUGGGAUGCUUCGCAAGGUUGGCCUCCAGAUAGUAACGGAACACAACAAGAAGUUGUAUGCCUUCACUGUGGCAUUGGGGAAAGAUCUACUCCAAUGAUGCGUCGUGGACCGGCAGGACCAAGAUCUCUUUGCAAUGCUUGUGGUCUGAUGUGGGCCAACAAGGGUGUUCUGAGGGAUCUUUCAAAAAACCCUUCAUCCAUGGGAAGCCAGCAUCAACCUCUGAGCUCACAUGAGCAGAGUCAGAAUGAUGGAAGGGAAGAGAGCCAUGAGACGCAGAUGGGAGAUGAAAAUCAAGUUGCCUCUCUUCCAGCCAAUGGGGACAUUUCAUCGUGAUAUCAGUUGCUGGAAUGUUAGUUUAUGUACACUGAAACUAGUGUUUAUUUCUUUAUUCAACUUUACAAGGGGCUGACUAUGUGGUACUUUAGGCUUUAAGAGCUUCUGAAUCUCAAAUAGGUUUGGAAACACUAUAUGAGAUUGACAAUUGUGUAAUUUUCUAAAAUAGAAUUCCUUUUAUAUUCAGUA